CUAAAGUUUCACCUGGUGUCCACGUUAACAACUUGUUUACAAUGGUGCCCAUUCAUAGCUCUGCCAAGGCAACGCUGGCAGUUCCUGGACUGAGUUAGCGUUACAUAGCUAGUCAGACUGCGUUGAACGGACGUUGUCAUAAGAGCUCUAUCAUGACUCAUGGUGAUGAUUGCUGUACAACAGCAGAAGAUGGAGCUCAGAGCGACCAGCAGCAGCCUCUCAUUCUGGAAAGAGUGGGAGAAGAAAUGCCCAAAAGCUGGCAAUCUGUUGUGUCACAUUGUCUGAAGAAACACUGCUCGUGCACCCCAAAGAAAGCUAAAUCCAAAUUAUUGGGCUUCGUCCCGAUUCUGAAAUGGCUGCCACGCUACCAGCUCAGGGAAUGGCUGCUGGGCGAUGUCAUGUCAGGACUGAUUGUCGGAAUCCUGUUGGUCCCUCAGUCCAUAGCCUACUCCUUGUUGGCUAGUCAGGACCCCAUAUAUGGUCUCUAUACUUCUUUCUUUGCAUCCAUCAUAUAUUCCCUCCUAGGCACUUCUAGACACAUCUCAGUGGGGAUUUUUGGAGUGCUCUGCCUGCUUGUAGGUCAGGUUGUGGAUAGAGAAUUAGCUUUGGCAGGAUACCUCCCAGAAAGUGUCAUCCUCAAUAGUAACAAUGGCACCGUCUUGCUGGCUGACCAGGGGAAUGGCAGCGUUGGGGUGGGAUGUGACAGAAGCUGCUAUGCAAUCACAGUGGGAGCUACAGUUACCUUUACUGCUGGAGUUUACCAGGUGCUAAUGGGUAUUUUCCAGGUGGGCUUUGUCUCAGUCUACCUUUCCAACUCCCUUCUCAGUGGCUUCGCUACAGGAGCCUCCCUGACCAUUCUCACAUCCCAGUUCAAGUACCUUCUAGGCCUGAGGAUCCCCAGGCCUCAGGGCUGGUUCACCCUGUUCAAGACCUGGUACAGCCUGCUCACCAACCUGAGCAACACCAACAUUUGUGACCUGGUGACCAGUUUGGUGUGUUUGCUGAUACUGAUACCUACCAAAGAGCUCAACAAUCGAUUCAAAGCCAAGCUUAAGGCUCCCAUUCCCUUCGAGCUCUUUGUGGUGGUAAUUGCAACAGUGGCUUCUCACUUUGGCCGCUUCGACACCGACUACGGGUCGGGGGUGGCUGGUGAUAUCCCCACUGGCUUCCUCCCUCCCCAGCUGCCGAUGUGGACUCUGAUCCCCAGCGUUGCUGUUGAUGCCUUCUCCAUUGCCAUCGUGGGGUUUGCCAUCACCGUCUCACUGUCGGAGAUGUUUGCCAAGAAGCACGGCUACACAGUGGACGCCAACCAGGAGUUGUACGCCAUUGGCUUCUGCAACAUCCUGCCAUCGUUCUUCCACUGCUUCACCACCAGCGCUGCGCUGACUAAGACCCUCGUCAAGGAGUCAACAGGGUGCCAGACGCAGAUAUCUGGGCUGGUCAGCGCCCUUGUCCUGCUUCUGGUGCUGUUGGUUAUCGCACCGCUCUUCUACUCCCUUCAAAAAUGUGUAUUAGCAGUCAUCAUCCUGGUUAACCUUCGCGGAGCUUUACAAAAGUUUACCGACAUUCCCAGCAUGUGGCGUGUCAACCGCAUCGAUACCUCUAUCUGGCUGAUCACAAUGGCAACCUCGGCGCUGGUCAACACAGAGCUAGGUCUGCUUGUGGGGGUUUUGGUGUCAGCCCUGUGCGUCCUGGGCCGAACCCAGCGAGCCCAGGUACUGGAGCUUGGCCGGGCCACAACUAGGGAGCAUUAUGAGGACCUGUCGUCUUACCACGGCCUUUGGACACAUCCCGGAGUAGCUGUUUUUAGAUACGAGGCUCCAAUCUAUUACGCCAACCAGAGAUUGUUCAAAAAAUCUCUCUACAGGUGUGCAGGGCUUGAUCCUGUGAAGGAGAAAACCCGGCUUAUGAAGUUCAAGAGGAAGAACAAACAGCAGGGAGACGUUGCACGAGUCCCAAAUAAAAAUUCAAGGGAUUUGGAGGGUGCCGGUAAAGAGGAUGGGUUUGAAGCUGGUGCGACUGUAACCUCAAUGCUCAACAAUAAAUCUUCCCGUAGCUUACACAGCUUGGUGAUCGACUGCAGCGCCAUCUUGUUUCUAGAUACUGCUGGAGUGAAUGCUCUGAAAGAGGUCUUCAAAGAUUAUGAAGAACUUGGGAUCAAGGUUGUCCUGGCCCAGUGUAAUAUCUCAGUGCAGGACUCACUGGAAAGAGGGGGAUACUACCCAGUCAAAAAAGGAUGUGAUGGAGGAGAAAACAAAAUGAUGUUCUUUACCAUUGCAGACGCCGUCUACUACGUCCAAAGCCUCUCACCUAACAGAGAUUAUGACAGAAAAUGCUAAAAAAAAAAAAAACAAUCUGCAUUCAUGCAGUCGUCAAUCUCACAUAAUCCAAGAAUGUGCCUUGAAAUACCUGCACCUACCUGACCUGUUUUAAGAGCCAAUCUGCACUGCCAGACUUGCUCAAAUACACUUCAACCAACCAAAGUGAAAAAUGCCGACUUUAAGCAUAAUAGUAGCACAAUUUCCUAGUAAGCUUGCCUGAACCUGCCAGACCGUCAAUGCUACAUAAUUGCGGCAGACAAUUCUUUAUUUAAUUCUGUUUUCAGUAGUUACAUAGUCAAAGCAUUUUUAAAUGUUUAAAAUGUAAAAGUUUGUAUUUUAGUUGCAAUGAAGUUGUGAGAGACAGUGAAAAUUGCAAAAAAAAAGUUACCAAAAAGGUUGGAUGCUGCAAAUGUUGGUAAAAUAUGAAAAUGGAAGGUGGAUUUAAGACAAAAACAAUAAUUUAUUGAAUUAAUCAAAUUUGAACAUACUGUAUGUGUCAGUGGCUUGCUGAUCUUUUCUGUGUUAGUUAAUUUCCUAUCGUGGCCUGGGACACAUUCAUAUGGCAACCCUAAAGCGCUUAUUGUACUUUAACUUAUCAUUGCACUUACAACAACAAGCGUAGCCGUGCUCAAUUUAGGUCAUCGUGUACGUCUCAUCUCCGGUCGUACCUGCAUCCACCGUGUGUGUGUGUUUGUGUGUGUGUUGAGGAACUGAGUAGUAGCCCCACUGCAGAGAGCCAACGGCAUUGAAACAGCAGUCGCUUUCAGCAACUUUAGAGUUAAAAAAAAGACAUUACAGCGUACAUUAAUGUUAAAAUGUAUACAGGUUGGCAGGACGGUCAGACUUGUUUUGCUGUACGUUUUGUUGGUAAAUGUGAGAUCUUUGAGUCACACAUAUUUCACUCCCGCUUGGUCAGUGGCUCUCAUAGUCACAUACUGAUGCAAAUUAUGGCACGUGGGACUGCUGGGAUUGGUUGGAGUUGCAGAGAACUCCAGUUAUUGGUCAAAUUUGCAGAAAAGUUGCAGUGAUUUGUCAAAAUUACAAGUCGCACCAAAUUCAUGGUGACUGGUUGAAUUUGCGUAAAUUGUUGCGAUUGCGACAUUGAAAAAUCGUGGAAGGACUGAUUACGAUACGUCAAAACUUCACAAUGGGCUACAUCUGUACCUCACUUUGUGCAAUAAAGAAAAUUUUGCUCACAGACAUCCUACUAAAUUAGUUCAUGAACAAUUACAUACCAAUACUACAUACACCAC